AUGCCGUCAUCAAACAACGCUAUCAUUUACAAAGCUCAUCCGACAGAAUUUCCUGAAGCUGGCGUCCAUCUAGCCUUCGAGAAACGACCCUACGAUCUCGAUGAACUUCAGAAGGAUGAAUUCAUCACCGAGAAUCUCUUUCUCUCGAUCGAUCCUUACCAGCGUGGCCGCAUGCGUGCACCAGAAACCAAGUCCUACUUUCCUCCCUUCGCCAUUGGAAGUCCUAUUCAGAGCGGUGGUGUUGGUCGUGUUAUUAAGUCAAACAAUGCCAACUUUCCCGUCGGAAAAUUGGUCCUCGGUUUACUGGACUGGAGUGAGUAUUCCAAAGUCACACCAGGACAAGGAAACGGACUCAAAGUACUCGAAAACAAGUACAAUCUUCCUCUUUCUCGCUACACCGGUAUCCUUGACAUGCCUGGAAUGACGGCUUACGCCUCUCUCUACGAAAUUGGUCAGCCAAAGAAAGGUGAAACAAUCUUCAUCUCAGCUGCGUCGGGUGCAGUUGGGCAGAUAGUUGGUCAACUGGCGAAGAGAGAAGGUCUCACAGUCGUAGGUUCAGCGGGCACUGCGGAGAAAGUGAAGUACCUGAAGGAGAAGCUUCACUUCGACGAGGCAUUUAACUACAAGGAGGAGAAACCGAGUGAUGCCCUCGCAAAGUAUUGUCCCAAAGGAAUUGAUAUCUACUUCGAGAAUGUCGGCGGUGAAACACUGGAUGCCUGCUUGGUGGCGGCCAAUCCUCACGCUCGUUUCAUAAUGUGCGGAAUGAUUAGUCAGUACAAUACGAAGAAAGAAGAUCAAUAUGGAGUGAAGAAUUUGAUGUUAGUCGUCGCAAAAUCAAUUACAAUGCGAGGAUUCAUCGUUACCAAUCUCUGGCAGAAGUACAACAAAGAAUUCUACGAAAAUAUGGAGAGGUGGUUGAAGAACGGUGAACUGAAGUAUCAGGAAGAUAUAACGGACGGAUUGGAGAAGGCACCUGAAGCAUUUGUGGGAAUGUUGAAGGGAAAGAACUUUGGCAAGGCGUUGAUUGCAGUGAAAGGGAACGGCGCCAAUUGA